UCCUCCCUCCCUACCUUCCCCCGGGCGCCCUCUGCACUUUCUUCUCGAGCCACCCUCGUAGACAAACUUUGAUGGGGAACCUCGCACCGCGCUGGAAAAAUGCCGGUUAUGAAGGGAUUAUUGGCACCCCAGAACACCUUCCUCGACACCAUCGCCACCCGGUUUGACGGCACACAUAGUAACUUUAUCCUUGCAAAUGCUCAGGUGGCUAAGGGAUUCCCCAUUGUUUACUGCUCUGAUGGCUUCUGUGAGCUUGCUGGAUUUGCACGGACUGAAGUCAUGCAGAAGAGCUGCAGCUGUAAAUUCUUACUUGGUGCUGAAACAAAUGAGCAGAUGAUUCUUCAAAUUGAGAAAUCGCUGGAGGAAAAGAUAGAAUUUAAAGGAGAAAUCAUGUUCUAUAAGAAGAAUGGGUCUUCAUUCUGGUGCUUACUGGAUAUUGUUCCUAUAAAGAAUGAAAAAGGAGAUGUGGUACUCUUUCUGGCCUCUUUCAAAGACAUAACAGACACAAAAGCGAAGAUUGCCGCAGAAGACAAAAAGGAAGAAAAAUGGAAAGGAAGAGGAAGAGCAGGAUCACAUUUUGAGUCGGCACGCAGACGGAGUAGAGCUGUCCUUUAUCACAUCUCUGGACAUCUACAAAGACGAGAGAAGAACAAAUUAAAAAUUAAUAAUAAUGUUUUCGUAGAUAAACCAGCAUUUCCAGAAUACAAAGUUUCAGAUGCAAAAAAAUCCAAAUUCAUAUUGCUGCAUUUUAGCACUUUUAAAGCUGGCUGGGACUGGCUUAUUUUACUGGCAACGUUUUAUGUUGCUGUGACUGUACCUUACAAUGUUUCCUUUAUUGGCCAUGAUGAGCUGUCUACAACUCGAAGCACAACUGUCAGUGACAUUGCAGUGGAAAUUCUCUUUAUCAUCGAUAUUAUUUUAAAUUUCCGAACAACAUAUGUCAGCAAGUCUGGCCAAGUGAUAUUUGAGGCAAGAUCUAUUUGUAUCCACUAUGUGACCACGUGGUUUAUCAUUGACUUAAUUGCUGCACUUCCUUUUGAUCUUCUUUAUGCUUUCAACGUCACUGUGGUUUCCCUUGUCCACCUUCUGAAAACCGUGCGGCUGCUGCGGCUGCUGCGCCUGCUGCAGAAGCUGGAUCGCUACUCCCAGCACAGCACAAUCGUCCUCACGCUCCUCAUGUCCAUGUUUGCCUUGCUUGCUCACUGGAUGGCCUGCAUCUGGUAUGUCAUAGGGAAAAGGGAGAUGGAGCAGAACAACCCCCUUACUUGGGACAUAGGUUGGCUUCAUGAGCUAGGAAAACGAAUUGAAUCUCCUUAUUAUGAGAAUAAUACACUUGGAGGCCCAUCAAUCAGAAGUGCCUAUAUAGCUGCCCUGUAUUUCACUCUCAGCAGCCUCACCAGUGUUGGCUUCGGAAAUGUUUCAGCCAAUACUGAUGCUGAAAAGAUCUUCUCCAUUUGCACAAUGCUGAUUGGGGCUCUGAUGCAUGCCUUGGUGUUUGGCAAUGUGACUGCCAUAAUUCAGAGGAUGUACUCCAGGUGGUCCCUUUAUCACACAAGAACCAAGGAUUUGAAGGACUUUAUACGGGUCCAUCACCUGCCACAGCAGCUAAAGCAAAGGAUGCUUGAAUAUUUCCAAACCACGUGGUCUGUCAAUAAUGGAAUUGAUUCCAACGAGCUUUUAAAAGACUUCCCAGACGAGCUGCGUUCAGACAUCACCAUGCACUUGAACAAGGAGAUUUUGCAGCUUUCCCUUUUCGAGUGUGCCAGUCGUGGUUGCCUCAGGUCUCUGUCUCUGCACAUCAAAACCUCCUUCUGUGCUCCUGGGGAAUACCUCCUGCGGCAGGGAGAUGCCCUGCAAGCGAUCUACUUUGUGUGCUCAGGUUCCAUGGAAGUCCUGAAGGACAGCACUGUGCUGGCAAUCCUUGGCAAAGGAGAUUUAAUUGGAGCAAACCUAUCCAUUAGGGAUCAAGUGAUUAAAACAAACGCAGAUGUUAAAGCUCUAACAUAUUGUGACCUCCAAUGUAUUAUACUCAAAGGUCUCUUUGAAGUGCUCGACCUGUACCCAGAGUAUGCUCACAAGUUUGUUGAAGACAUCCAGCAUGAUCUCACUUACAAUCUAAGAGAAGGCCAUGAAAGUGAUGUAAUAUCAAAAUUAUCCAACAAGCCUACACUAUCCCAGACAGAGCUCAAGGGAAAUGGAAAUAUAAAAAAGAGACUCCCUUCUAUUGUGGAAGAUGAAGAUGAGGAAGAGGAGGGAGAAGAAGAAAGCAGCACCCUUUCACCAAUUGAUACACGAAGCACAAAUAGCUCUCAGCAGAAGAAGACUGCAAGCAGCAAAAGCCACCUAGGGAGAAACUUGAAGCAGCUGGCCUCAGGAACUGUACCCUUCCAUUCCCCCAUCCGUGCUUGCAGUUCAAACCCCUCACGAGCCAAACAUGAAACAGAGAUCCAUUACUACUCCAAAAGGAAGGAUAAAAACCUUAAAUUGUACCUGUCAGCGCUGACUGCCGGCGGCCCACCUGAUCUGAGCCCAAGAAUUGUCGAUGGGAUUGAGGAUGGAAACCAUAACGAAGAAAGCCAAACCUUUGACUUCAGCUCUGAUCAGCUCAGGCAGGAAUCCAGGUUAUCUCCUACAACUGGAGAGGCUGAAAUUGGUGCUGCUGUGCUCGUUAUCAAAGCAGAAGAGACCAAACAGCAGAUCAGCAGGCUUAAUAAUGAGAUAACAUCUUUAAGUCAGGAAGUCUCACAAUUACGUAAGGAUAUGAAGAAUGUGAUGCACCUUCUGGAAAACCUGCUCACGUCCCAGAAGCCUCCAGGAUUCUGUGCUGUGCACAGCCUAUCUCGAAGUCCCACAAUGGACAGUCUGCAGCCUCGAGUGGCUUGGACUACACAUCAGCCUUGCUCUCACACGCAAGCUGGCAACUUCUCUUGCACCAAAGCACAACUUUGUCGUGGAAACACACUAUGUGACAUUUGGAAUACAGAUCUGUCUUCUGUAGGCAGCAGUCCCCAAAGGACUGAACCCAACCUGCAAAAUUCUAUGGAUGGUGAAUUUUAUUAUACAACAGGCCUUCAAAAUUCCCCUUCCCAGUAUCAGGUAAUUCAGAAAGACAAUCUGCAAUUUUUAAGAUGCACCUCUCCCCAUUCAGACACUACCCUGACUCCUCUUCAGUCUAUUUCAGCAACCCUUUCUCCUUCAGUAUGCUCUUCAUCAGAGACAUCACUGCACCUAGUGCUGCCCAGCAGAUCAGAGGAAGGGAGCUUCAGCCAAGGAGCAAUCAGCUCCCUAAGCCUUGAGAACCUGCCAGGAUCAUGGGACCUGGAAGGAACAGCCGGAGUAACUUCUGCACAGAGCCCAGAUUUCCCAGUAGACAUUGUGACAAGCACGAGGGAUGUUAAAGAUAAAGACUGCCAAGCCAUAGAUGUAUGAGAAACAGUGAAGUGGUACUCAAAGCAUGUUCCACAGCUGCCAGUUUUAACUUUAGAGAGUACUGCAUGACUGCUUUAUUUGAUCCCCGUUUUGGCGAUCAUGGAGACUUACAAACGUGAAAAUUCAGACUUAUAGAAAGUAAGAAAAGGUAAUGGUUCAUACUAUAGGAAAAACAAUAAAUUUCUAGAUUCUAGAAGCAUGUUGAAAAAACAUUUUGAAUACAUAUAUAACCUGUCUGUUUGACAGACUUUUGUGAUAGUCCAAAGACCCUGAGGGUCAGAGCAGCUGGAAGUCUAGCACAAAGAACUGUCGUGGGUGGCUUUUGUUCAUCGAAGCAAAGGUUUUCCCUGAGUGUCUGACUGUUGUUCCCAAACAAUAUCUAUGGCACUGUUUGCUUCAGGUGAUCGUGGGUCCUGCUGGUCUUUUUGUCAGUUCUGUGAAGGCAAAGGACAUUCGCUGCAUGUCAUCUAGACAAUCAACCAAAUAGAGCUGCUAGAGAGUGCUUAGAUGUUGCACGUUAUUUGUCAUGUAAAUGAAACCUCUUAAUUUAUCUAAAAAUACUAUUUUUAUAUACUUGGUAUGAAACAUGUACCUAAAAAUUAUUUAAAAUAUUUAUAAAGAGAAUAAGAGUUUGGUUUCAUUUUGGUAAAAGCUUGCAGUUUUAACAAGAAAUGCACUACCAUCGUGUAUUAGAUCAAAUACUAUUUAUUGUUAAGAUAUCAUGUAGUUUACAAAUGACUUCCCUUUUAUGUGCAUGCAAUUUGCAAUGAAUGUACUCAUUCUGGUGGAAUACAAAUAAAUUAAGGUAUUAUUUUAUUUAAAAAAAUAAAAGAGCUGAAAUGUUAUAUCCUAUAAUAAGGUAUCACUACUUAAAAAACGAGUUGUUGUACUGAUACCAUUAAUUAUUCUUGGUUUAUGUCUUAGUAUUGCAUUGU